AUGGCUACCAACUUCGCUGCAGGAUGGGCUCGAUUCAUUCCCAUGAUCGGAUACCACCAUGUGUUGAUGAUUCUGAUUGCACUUGCUAUUAUCUUAUUAUCACUUCUGUUGGCUGGCUGUUCUUCUUCGUCACCACAAAUUCCCGAUAUCUUCUUAAUAUCGCUUUACUACGAGAGUUACACACCUAAUUUCGCUCUGGCACAAGUCGACCCUGGAGUUACCACGGCGUUGGCAAACAUUGUGCACAAUGCCGAGCUAGAGGUCCGUGUGGGAUACUUCGGUAUCUGCGUUCAACCCGAUCACGGUUCAUACAUCUGCAAUGCCAACGCCACCGCUCUGGCCGAGAUUGUCAAUGUGGACCAGGACCCACUCAACUUGAUCUGGGUUGCCGCAACUUUCAAAGAUGCAGUCGUAUUUCCCUAUCUACUCAUUGUCGCUGUGAUUCUCGCCUUCUUCUGUUUCAUCUUGCUAGCCACAUUCCCCGGCUGGCAUGAAGAACGCGAUGACGCGGGAUCUGACGUCGAAGUCAAGCCUUUCCCAUCGCGCCCUGUUUCUCAAACUGCGCUUGCCCUCAUCUUUGUGUCCUCUGUGUUCGUCCUUGUGUCUGUAUUAUGGCAGCAUACAGCGUCCGUGGCAGCAAGUACCAUUGCCCAAGAUAUGGGUAAUGGCAGCGUCAAGAGCGGAGUCGGCACCUCAGCUAUGGUGCUGGGUUGGUUCGGCUUUGUUCUCAUGGUCGUCGUCACAAUAGGUCUUCUCGUCAUGAUUCUCAGUAUCAAUAUGAUACGGAAGUUGACAGACGAGGAGUGA